AUGAACAGUAGACCGUUCACGAUGGCAGUCCCAGUCUCACGAACCGAACUAAACGAUGGUGUUCCAGUAUUUCCGGUGCACGAAAAGCCGCUUGAUUUACAUCUUUGUGGGAAUGCCCGCUCCAUGAUCGAUAGCCAGGAAACUGAGUGGCUGGAAGAUACGUUCCCGGAGCUUGUUGUGGAGAUCAUGCGGGAGGAGGCUGAGGCAUGAUGGGCCGUGGC